CCGAGGGCAUGGCAGAGAUCAGGAGAGGUUGAGAGCAGGAGUCUAUCUGUGUCUUCAUGUUAGUUUUUCGGUUGCCUGGACAUUGUAGCUAUUAUUGGACAAGAACAAAACAUAAUUAGUGAAAGAUAUUAAGAAAUAAACCGCAAUGGUUUUGCAAAACAGUGGGAGAUUUAAAGCAGAUCGAGCCGGAGGAGGGGAUCAGGACAAGCAGCAGGAUGACUGGUCUAGUUUGUCCGCCGUCAAGCGGCUCGAGCGCAGCCAGUUCACGGAUGAAAUGGACGCCCGCUACGGCUUCGAGCGCAUGAAGGAGCCUGGAGAAAAAACCGGCUGGUUGAUUAACAUGCAUCCGACAGAGAUUCUGGAUGAUGAUAAGCGGAUGAUAAGUGCAGUGGAUUAUUAUUUUAUUCAGGAGGACGGCAGCAGGUUUAAGGUUGCACUGCCGUACAAGCCAUACUUCUACAUAGCGACUAAAAAGAACUGUGAGAGAGAAGUCAUUUCCUUUUUAUCAAAGAAGUUCCAAGGAAAGAUCUCAAAGCUUGAGACGGUCUCCAAGGAGGAUCUCGACCUGCAUAACCACCUGGUGGGACUGAAGAGGACCUACAUUAAACUGUCCUUUAACACCGUGGACGAUCUGGUCAAAGUGAAGCGGGAGAUCUCACCUGCUGUGAAGAAGAACAGAGAGAGGGAGACCUCCAACGACACCUACACAAGCAUGCUGUCCAGUGCCCUUGUUGGUGGAAGCGUGACGUCGGCUGAAGAAGACGGCACGUCUAAGAAAAUGACAGACCAGCUGGACAACAUUGUGGACAUGAGGGAGUACGAUGUGCCCUACCACGUUAGACUGUCCAUCGACCUCAAGAUCCAUGUGGCUCACUGGUAUAAUGUGCGGUACAGAGGAAGUGUUUAUCCCCCCGAGAUUGUGCGUCGUGAUGACCUCGUGGAAAGACCAGAUCCUGUUGUCUUGGCGUUCGAUAUCGAAACCACCAAACUCCCUCUAAAGUUCCCAGAUGCAGAAACUGACCAGAUCAUGAUGAUCUCCUACAUGAUCGAUGGGCAGGGUUUCCUCAUUACCAACAGAGAGAUCGUCUCCGAGGACAUCGAGGAUUUUGAGUUCACCCCUAAGCCGGAGUACGAGGGCCCGUUCACUGUGUUUAACGAACCCGAUGAGGCUGCUCUAAUCCAGAGAUGGUUCGAGCACAUCCAUGAGACCAAGCCCAACAUUUUUGUCACUUAUAACGGGGACUUCUUUGACUGGCCGUUUGUAGAGGUGCGUGCGGCUCACCACAACCUCAACAUGUAUCAAGAGAUCGGUUUCCAGAAGGACGGCCAGGGAGAGUACAAGUCCAGUCAGUCUAUUCACAUGGACUGCCUCAGGUGGGUAAAGAGAGACAGCUACUUGCCUGUCGGAAGCCACAAUCUGAAAGCAGCAGCGAAAGCCAAGCUGGGUUAUGACCCUGUGGAGUUGGACCCGGAGGAGAUGUGCCGCAUGGCCACCGAGGAGCCGCAGACUUUGGCCACCUACUCGGUGUCCGACGCUGUGGCCACCUAUUAUCUCUACAUGAAAUACGUUCAUCCCUUCAUCUUCGCCCUGUGCACCAUCAUUCCCAUGGAGCCUGACGAGGUGUUGCGUAAAGGUUCAGGGACCCUGUGCGAGGCGUUGUUGAUGGUGCAAGCUUUCCACGGCAACAUCGUGUUCCCCAACAAGCAGGAGCAGGUGUUCAAUAAGCUCACAGACGACGGCCAUGUCCUGGAUUCGGAGACCUAUGUGGGCGGCCACGUCGAGGCUCUUGAGUCUGGAGUGUUCCGUAGCGACAUCCCGUGCCGCUUCAAAAUGAAUCCGUCAGCAUUUGACGUUUUGCUUCAGAGAGUGGAGCGGACCCUCCGUCAUGCCGUCGAAGAGGAGGAGAAGAUCCCACUGGACCAAGUCACUAACUUUAAUGAGGUUUGUGAUGAGAUCAAGAAGAAGCUCAUUUCUUUGAAAGAAGUGCCGAACAGGAUUGAGUGUCCUCUCAUUUAUCAUCUGGACGUAGGGGCCAUGUACCCCAACAUCAUCCUUACCAACAGAUUGCAGCCGUCUGCCAUGGUGGACGAGGCGACCUGUGCUGCGUGUGAUUUUAAUAAACCUGGAGCUACCUGCCAGAGGAGGAUGUCCUGGCGAUGGAGAGGAGAAAUCAUGCCAGCUAAUCGUAGUGAGUUCCACCGCAUUCAGCAGCAGCUGGAGUCUGAAAAAUUCCCACCUCUGUUCCCUAACGAGCCUCGUGCCUUCCAUGAGCUGAACCGAGAGGAACAGGCUCGACAUGAAAAGAAGCGUCUGGGAGACUACUGUCGGAGGGCCUACAAGAAGGUGCACUUGACGAGGCUGGAAGAAAGAGUCACCACAAUAUGCCAGAGAGAGAAUUCCUUUUACGUCGACACGGUGCGAGCGUUCCGAGAUCGACGCUACGAGUUUAAAGGACUGCAUAAGGUAUGGAAGAAGAAGUUGUCUGUGGCUCAGGAGAACAGCGACGCAGCCGAAGUGAAGCGAUGUAAAAACAUGGAGAUCCUAUACGAGUCUCUGCAGCUCGCUCAUAAAUGCAUCCUUAAUUCCUUCUACGGUUACGUCAUGAGAAAAGGAGCGAGAUGGUAUUCCAUGGAAAUGGCCGGCAUUGUUUGUCACACGGGAGCCAACAUAAUCACACAGGCCAGAGAGCUGAUCGAACAGAUUGGGAGGCCCUUGGAAUUGGAUACUGAUGGUAUCUGGUGUGUCCUGCCAAACUCCUUCCCUGAGAACUUUGUCAUCAAGUCCACCAAUGAGAAGAAGCCCAAAGUGACUAUAAGUUACCCUGGGGCCAUGUUGAACAUCAUGGUCAAGGAAGGCUUUACCAAUGAUCAGUACCAGGAGUUGGUGGACCCGGCCUCGCUCACGUACGAGACGAGGCCGGAGAACAGCAUCUUCUUCGAGGUGGACGGACCGUACCUGGCCAUGAUCCUUCCUGCAUCUAAAGAGGAGGGAAAGAAGCUAAAAAAGAGAUACGCUGUAUUUAACGAGGACGGCUCUCUGGCUGAGCUGAAGGGGUUCGAGAUAAAGAGGAGAGGAGAGCUCCAGCUCAUUAAGAUCUUCCAGUCGUCCGUGUUCGAGGCUUUCCUCAAAGGCACCACUCUGGAGGAAGUCUACGCCUCGGUCGCCAAAGUGGCCGAUUACUGGCUCGAUGUGCUCUACAGCAAGGCAGCCAACAUGCCGGACGCUGAGCUCUUCGAGCUGAUUUCAGAAAACCGCUCCAUGUCCAGAAAACUGGAGGAUUACGGCGAGCAGAAAUCUACGUCCAUCAGCACGGCCAAACGCCUGGCCGAGUUUCUCGGAGAUCAGAUGGUCAAGGACGCCGGGCUAAGCUGUCGCUACGUCAUCUCUCGCAAACCUGAGGGCUCUCCUGUUACCGAGAGGGCGAUUCCUCUGGCCAUAUUCCAGGCUGAAGCUAGCGUGAAGAAACAUUUCCUGCGCAAAUGGCUGAAAAUGCCCAGCCUCCAUGACAUGGACAUCAGAUCAAUCCUGGACUGGGGUUACUACAUCGAGAGACUGGGAAGUGCCAUUCAGAAGAUCAUCACCAUUCCAGCAGCACUACAGCAGGUGAAGAACCCGGUGCCGCGAGUUCGCCACCCAGACUGGCUGCAUAAGAAGCUUUUGGAAAAAAAUGACAUCUACAAACAGAAGAAAAUCAGUGAGCUGUUCACAAGUGAAGGAAAGAGACAGGUAGCCAAUCAGAUGGAGUCUGGAAAGACCCCUGAUAUGGAGGACUUUGGGGUUCCACAGCGCCCUAUACAACCUGCCAUCCUCAUUAGUACUAAGAGGAAGCGAGCAUCUCAGGGUGAGGACAGCCAGACCGAGUCUCAGGAGCUGGAGCUGACACAGUCCUGGAGAGAGAUACUGGGUCCUCCUCCGCCUAUGGGUACAACACAGGAGGAAAGGUUGGUGUGGCUGCGCUACCAUAAGAAGAAGUGGGAGCUGCAGAUCCGGCAGAGGAAAGAGCGUCGGAAGAAGCGGCGCAUGCUAGAUGGAGAAGCUCAGCCAACUGGAGGCGGAGUCAUCAGGGACGGACCAACCACGGGGCUGGGAAACUUUCUUCGCAGGACAGCGCGGAGCAUCCUGGACAUGCCCUGGCAAAUAGUCCAGAUUGCCGAAACCAGUCAGCCAGGCCUGUUUAAGCUAUGGGCGGUGAUCGGCACUGACCUGCACUGCAUGAAGCUUAAUAUCCCGCGAGUGUUUUAUGUCAAUCAGAAAGUACCCAAGCAGGAAGAGGGAGCCACAUAUAAAAAGGUGAACCGUAUUUUGCCACGCGCCAACGUGGUGUAUUAUCUGUACCAGUAUUCCGUGCCUGAGGACAUGUAUCAGGAACACAUCAAUGAGAUCAAUGCAGACCUUUCUGCCCCAGACAUAGAGGGCGUCUACGAGACCCAGGUACCCCUGCUUUUCCGGGCUCUGGUGCAGCUUGGCUGCAUGUGUAUGGUUAAUAAGCAGGUGGUGAGAGCGCUGGCUGGCCGAGAAGCCGACACCUUCGAGCUGGAGCACCUGGAGAUGAGGUCACUCGCUCAGUUCGGCUACCUGGAGCCAGGCAGUGUGAGACACAUCUACCUGUACCAUCACAGUCAGGGCCACAAGGCUCUGUUCGGUCUCUUCAUCCCUUCUCAGCGAAAAGCCAGCGUCUUCGUCCUCGACACUGUCCGGAGUAACCAGAUGCCAAACUUGAGUACUCUGUAUGGAGCGGAGCGCACUGCACUGUUAGAAAAGACCUCAGAGGAGCUGCUGCCUCCAGAGAAGCACCUAUUUGAAGUGCGUGCUGAGAACGACGUGAAGGCCGUUUACCGUGCGGUGCAGCGUAUUCUGCUAAGCUAUAAGGUACGAGCGUCGGGUCCUACUCUGAUCGCUGUGCAGUCUAACUGGGAGCUGCGGCGUCUGGCGGCAGGCAUGAGCGUGCUGGAGGAGUUCCCCGUGGUUCCCGUGCAUGUGACUGACGACAUCAGCUACAACGUGUUGGACUGGCAGCGACACGGCGCACGCCGAAUGAUCAAACACUACCUAAACCUGGACAGCUGUCUUUCACAAGCCUUUGAUAUGGCCAGGUAUUAUCACUUGCCUGUAGGGAACCUACCUGAGGACAUCUCCAUAUUUGGUUCGGACCUCUUUCUGGCACGUCACUUGCGAAAGCACAACCACCUGCUCUGGCUUUCACCCACAGCCAGACCCGAUCUCGGGGGCAAAGAAGCAGACGAUAGCCGUCUGGUGAUGGAGAGCGAUGAGCGCGGCUCUGUGGAGAUCAACACUCCGGGAUGCUUCUCUACGGUGUGUGUGGAGUUGGACAUUCAGAGCUUGGCUGUAAACACCAUCCUUCAGUCGCAGCACGUGAACGACAUGGAGGGCGGGGCUAGCGCAGGCGUCAGCUUUGAUGUCAUCCAGCACGCAUCACUGGAGGACAUGAUUUCAGGAAACCAGGGGGCGAACGCUGUGGCUAGUUACGAUGAAACUGCACUCUGUUCUAACACUUUCAGGAUCCUGAAGAGUAUGGUGGUUAGCUGGGUGCGGGAGAUCACACAAUACCAUAAUGUGUACGCAGAUAACCAGGUGAUGCACUUCUACCGCUGGCUGCGUUCCCCCAGCUCGCUCCUGUACGACCCGGCGCUGCACCGCACACUGCUCAACAUGAUGAAGAAGAUUUUUCUCCAGCUGGUUGCUGAGUUUAAGCGGCUGGGUUCCUCCGUGGUCUACGGUAACUUCAACCGCAUCAUCCUCAGUACCAAGAAACGGCGCAUCGACGACGCCAUCUCCUAUGUGGAGUACAUCACCAAAAGCAUCCAUUCUCGAGAGAUCUUCCACUCACUGUCCAUCACCUUUUCCCGAUGCUGGGAGUUCCUCCUGUGGAUGGAUCCGGCUAACCACGGAGGCGUGAAAGGCAAAGUGCCCUCCAGCAUCUUGUACGGAGAGCAGACUGGCACAGACAAGAAAAAGAAAGGCAAGAAGGAAAGAGAGGAUGAGGCCAGUGAGGAGGAGGAGGAGGAGGAAUUGGAGGAAGAGCGAAGUGAAGAUGAGGAUGAGGUGGAGGACCUGAUUGAGAGCAACUGGAACAUCAUGCAGUAUCUACCUCAGGCUGCUUCCUGUCAGAAAUACUUCCUUAUGAUCAUCUCAGCAUAUAUUGCCGCUGUGUAUCACAGCAUGAGGGAGGAGCUCAGGCGAAAUGCUCCUGGAGCCACGCCUAUAAAAAGGAGGGGCGGAAGCCAAGUGUCCCAACCAGCUGCUGGUGACAUCAGCGCACUUCCUGGCAUGAUCACAUUCUCUCAGGAGUACGUGUCUAGCGAGCUGACUCAGAACAUCUUCACCAUCACACAGAAGAUCCAGAAAAAGGUGUGUGGAACACGCAGCGUGGCUCAGCCAUCUGAGAUGUUCCCCGUGCUGCCCGGAUCACAUCUGCCCCUCAACAACCCCGCGCUGGAGUUCAUCAAAUAUGUCUGUCAGGUUCUCUCACUGGACGCAAACAUCGUGAACCAGGUAAAUAAACUGAAGCGGGAUCUCCUGCGCUUGGUGGAGGUCGGAGAGUUCUCCGAGGAUGCUCAAUUCCGUGACCCCUGCAACUCGUACGUCCUGCCGGAGGUCAUCUGUCACCAGUGCAAUUUUUGCCGCGACCUCGACCUGUGCAAGGACCCUUCGGUUGCACCGGACGGCUCGGUCCUGCCACAGUGGUUCUGCUCGAACUGCCAGGCGCAGUACGACACAGACUACAUCGAGACGGCUCUGUUGGAGGCUUUGCAGAAAAAACUGAUGAGUUACACUCUGCAGGACCUGGAGUGCGCUAAAUGCCGAGGGGUGAAAGAAGCCAACAUGCCUUUGUACUGCAGCUGCGCUGGAGACUUCAGUCUGACCUUCAGCACCAAGAGCUUCACAGAGCAGGUUGAUGUGUUCAGAAGCAUCGCUGCCCAUUACAACAUGAACUUCCUGCUGGAGAACAUCGACUGGAUCCUGAGGAUGAACAGUUAGUGUGUGUGUGUGUGUGUUGUGUUUUUGUGAUCAUAGUGUACGUGUAGAUUUUGUAGCACUUUUGUACAAAUUUUCUUCUUUUUUUUUUUUUUUUUACAUUUUGUAUUGUAUGAAGAUGUUUUUUAACCAUAUUUCAGAACAUUGUUUAGGUAAACGAUGAUAAAGUAUAUGAUGUGUUGGGUUUAAAUAUUUUGUACUUGAAUAUAAAAUAAAACUGUGACUUGUA